ACUGCCAUUUCAUCAGCGGAUUUUCAAAAAAUAUCUCUCCAUCUUUAAACAUGAAAUUACCAUAAAAUGAAACCAUCGACAAGUUUUAAAGACGGCCAUUAGCCUAUUUCACAUGAAACUCGGCAGUAUAGUAACAAAUCUCAGUGUAGAAUGAAAUAAAAUGAUAGCCUAGGACAAGGCCUAUUUGCGGAUUACUCCUUGGUGUUUGACUAGGCCGCCUGGGAUCACUGUUUUAGAGAUCAUCUUCGAGAGAAAAUAUUUCUCAAGAUCAUGGGGUUUGCUAUUGCCAGGCGUUGAUCGCCCAUCCAACAAGAUUCUGUGAGAUAUGGAAGCAAUAUGGCUGUACCAGUUUCGACUCAUCGUCAUUGGAGACUCGACAGUAGGAAAGUCGUGCCUGAUCCGGCGAUUCACCGAGGGACGCUUUGCGCAGGUGUCCGACCCCACAGUCGGUGUAGACUUCUUCUCAAGGCUAGUGGAGAUAGAGCCAGGGAAACGCAUUAAACUUCAAAUCUGGGACACUGCUGGACAAGAGCGAUUCAGGUCUAUUACCAGGGCCUACUACCGCAACUCUGUUGGUGGGCUACUGCUGUUUGACAUCACCAACCGUCGCUCCUUCCAGAAUGUGCAUGAGUGGCUGGAGGAGGCCCGCAGUCAUGUCCAACCUCACAGUAUCGUCUUCCUGUUGGUGGGUCACAAGUGUGACCUGGAGUCCCAGAGGCAGGUGAGCCAGCAGGAGGCUGAGAAGCUGGCAGGUGCCUAUGGCAUGCGCUAUGUGGAGACAUCGGCUCGCGACGCCAUCAACGUGGAAAAGGCCUUCACUGAGCUAACGCAGGACAUCUUUGAGCUCGUGAAGAGCGGUGACAUCAACAUCCAGGAGGGUUGGGAGGGGGUGAAGAGUGGCUUUGUGCCAAAUGUGGUGCACUCCUCAGAAGAGGUCACCAAGAGUGACCGCCGGUGCCUCUGCUGAAUGUCCUGUCUGUCUAGUCGGCUUUACCCCCCCUCCCCUCAGCUCAGCUCAUGUAUUCCUGUAACAUUAUGACCCAUUAGCUCCCUGUCUUAUCACCUGGCAUUUAUUUGGCUCUCUCACUCCUAUCCUGAAUACUGGAAGGCCAUAUCAGCUCUAGUCUACCACUGGAGCAAAAAUGGACAAAGCGAUUUGGGUCGUUCCAUGAAAAGAGUGCCUUUUGUGUCCCUUGGAUAUUUCUAAGUAGAAAUUGUGCCCCAAUAUUGAAUUUGAAUAGCUUGUUGCAUUUUGACAUGUCCUUCUCUCAACCCCGUGUCUCUUCUAGGAGGAUUUUAACCCACUUAAUCCCGACAUUUCUCAAAGUAACCUUUUUUUUGUUACUUUGCCAAAGUUAUUUCUGAAGAUUAUUAUUCAUUUCAUGUGAUUAGUGUUUAUGUCCGUCCCUCAUUUUAAGGUCAACUGAACUCCUGGUGAAGCUAUUCCUUUUAAUAUAUAUAUUUCUUUUAAAGAAACAUUGAACAUCCUAAUAGUGAAAUCAUAGAGUAAAAGCAGGUGAGCUGGUUCUACAAUUUUGGGCCAUUUUCUGGUGUUUUGUGGUGGAAAACUGA